AUUACUUUUUUUACAGAUCCCCAUGCCAAGAAACUGCAAAUGUCCAACAGCAGCUCCAUCAGGCACUUCCUCCUGCUGGCAUUGGCAGACACGCGGCAGCUGCAGCUUCUGCACUUCUGCCUCUUGCUGGGCAUCUCCCUGGCUGCCCUCCUGACCAACGGCCUCAUCAUCAGUGCCGUAGCCUGUGGCCACCACCUGCACACGCCCAUGUUCUUCUUCCUGCUCAACCUGGCCCUCAGCGACCUGGGCUCCAUCUGCACCACUGUCCCCAAAGCCAUGCACAAUUCCCUCUGGAACACCAGGAACAUCUCUUAUGCAGGGUGUGCUGCACAGUUGUUUCUGAUUAUCUUCUUCAUCUCAGCAGAGUAUUUCCUCCUGACCAUCAUGUGCUAUGACCGCUAUGUGUCCAUCUGCAAACCCCUGCACUACGGGACCCUCCUGGGCAGCAGAGCUUGUGCCCACAUGGCAGCAGCUGCCUGGGCCAGUGCCUUUCUCUAUUCACUGCUGCAUACCGCCAAUACAUUUUCCCUGCCCCUGUGCCGUGGCAAUGUCCUGGGCCAGUUCUUCUGUGAGGCCCCACAGAUCCUCAAGCUCUCCUGUGCCAAAUCAUAUCUCAGGGAACUUCAGCUUCUUGCUGUUAGUGCCUGUUUAUUUUCUGGAUGUUUUGUGUUCAUGGUUUUCUCCUAUGUGCAGAUCUUCAGGGCUGUGCUUAGGAUCCCCUCUGAGCAGGGACGGCACAAAGCCUUUUCCACCUGCCUCCCUCACCUGGCUGUUGUCUCUCUGUUCAUCACCACUGUCAUGUUUUCUCACCUUAAACCCGCUUCAAUCUCUUCCCAAUCCCUGGAUUUGGCCCUGUCAGUUCUCUACUCAGUGGUGCCUCCAGCCCUGAACCCCAUUAUCUACAGCCUGAGAAACCAAGAGCUCAAGGCUGCAGUGUGGGGACAGUUGACUGGAUGA